AUGACGUCUCGAGCGUUCCCUCUCUCCAGCGAAGAAGAAGAUACUCUCCAUCGUAGCACCAAGAAGAUUAAGGAAGGCCAUGAUCCUUCGCCUUUUGCUUCCUCUGUCCAGAACCAAAACCUCAGCUAUAAGGAAAAGUUAGUAGGACAUCUUCCUGGUGCCUAUGAAAGCACCUUUAGUCUCGCAGGCCUUAUGCUUGAAGAAGCUGACUUGGACGUUGAGGAAGAUGAUCUUGAAGAAGGAACAGUUGCUGUAGCCCUCUCAAAAGAAGAAAAGUCUCGUAUCCGAUCCCAAUGGUCGAAUGCUCUCAUCAUAAAAACCUUUGGCAGAACUGUGGGCUAUCAGUUUCUUUCCCAGCGUGUUUGUGAUCUCUGGAAGCCCAACAAUAGACUUGACCUUGUUGAUCUUGGCGAAGAUUUUUUCCUAGCCCGUUUUGAGUCCAACAAGGAUCUCGAUCAUGUCCUGAAGAAUGGCCCUUGGUUUAUAGGGCAACAUUUUCCGGCUAUAAAGGCAUGGGAGCCUGAAUUCAAUGCCACUGAGGCUAACCUUUCACAAGUGGCCAUUUGGAUUCGCCUACCUCGGCUGCCUAUAGAAUUCUAUGACCCUGAGAUCCUCAAAAAGAUUGGUUCAAAGAUAGGCCCAGUCCUCAGAAUUGAUGGACACACUGCCACAAACUCUAGAGGUAGAUUUACUCGCCUAUGUGUCCAAGUUUGCUUAGAUAAGCCAUUAGUUAAAAACAUCCUCAUCGGGAAGUUCAAACAACCAGUCACCUAUGAAAGGAUUCACUCCCUCUGUUUUUCAUGCGGUCGUUUGGGCCAUAAAAGGGAAUGGUGUCAAUAUACCAUCAAGGAAGCCCCCAAAACCUCUAGCCAAGAGCAGCAGAACGUUGAUAACGCAUGCUCUAGUAAUACCCAGCCACAACCAUCCUUCCAUGGUCCCGAAUUGCCUUCCAUGGAAACCCCACCAUCUGAAGAAAAGACUAACUCCUUUGGACCAUGGCUACUGGUGUCUAGGAAAAAGCCUACUGCCAAGAAACAACCUACUCCUAUAGGCAAGUCACUUCAGCCACCUGACCAUCCUGUUCCUUCUCCCACACGUCAAUGUCCCGUCUCUCAAUCCAACUCGUCUCCCCAUAAAGUAAAUGAACCAAAACUAAGUGCCAGUAAGGGCAAAAGGAAACUAGUCACCGCAACUAGACAUUUUCAAAAAUCAACCGUUAUUUCUAAGCAAAAGCCAUCCAAUUCCUCUAAGGGCCCCACAGCCCGGCCCAUUAGCCAAAAUGGGAAGCAGACCCUAAGGCCCAAGCAAAUCUGCCCUUUUCUCCAAAUGACCGUAACUCAGCUGGAUGCUUUAAUCCAAUCUUUUCUUUCCAAGCUCACGUUGAACCAACAGCGUCGCUCUCCCAAACUACCUCUUCUCCAACCUCAUCCUCAUCACCUGACUUCUGUCCUCAAAAUGCCUUGGGCUAUCUGGCACAAGAACAAGGCUGUGGAACUGGGAGACUCUAUGAUCAACAAUAUACGAUGGGACCCACUAACGAUCUACGGGUGGACGGACAAAAAUCUGAUGGAAGCCUGGAGUUUCAUCUUCCCGCUGACGGAAAAAAGCAUAAUCGACGGAUGCCUUCCUCUGACCGAUCCGGCAUGGUUUUACACUCCCAACCCAUGGUGGAGAUUCACUCUAGAUCGUCCAACUCUGCUACCCAUAGGAUAG